CAUGGAGCUAUGGAAAUGUAUUGGUUUCGGCUUGAUCCUCAUGUUCGGGGCUUGGUCUUGUGAAGCCACCUCUCGCAGUCUCCAAGAUGCAUCUAUGUAUGGGAAGUACGAGCAAUGGAUGACUCGUUAUGGUCGCGUAUAUAACGAUGUUAACGAGAAAGAGAAUCGUUUCAAGAUAUUCAAAGAAAAUGUGGCGUUUAUAGAAUCAUCGAAUAACGAUGUGAACAAACCCUACAAGUUGGGUGUUAAUCAAUUUGCAGACCUUACGAAUGAAGAGUUCAAAGCCUCAAGAAAUGGAUUCAAGGGGCAUGAAUGUUCCACAAAGACGACUUCUUUCAAAUAUGAAAAUGUUAAGGCGCCAGUGCCAGCUGCAAUGGACUGGAGAAAGAAAGGAGCUGUAACCCCCAUCAAGGACCAAGGCCAAUGUGGAUGUUGUUGGGCUUUUUCGGCAGUGGCAGCGACCGAAGGCAUUACUCAGCUUACAACUGGUAAACUGAUCUCUUUGUCUGAGCAAGAGCUAGUUGACUGUGACACCAGCGGUGUAGACCAAGGUUGUGAGGGUGGCUUGAUGGAUGAUGCCUUUCAGUUCAUCCAACAAAACCAUGGGCUUAGUACGGAAGCUAAUUACCCCUACAAUGGUGUUGAUGGUUCAUGCAAUACCAAGAAAGCAGCAAGCAUUGCAGCCAAGAUAACUGGCUAUGAAGAUGUGCCUGCAAACAGCGAAAAAGCCCUUCUAACCGCUGUUGCUCAUCAACCAGUUUCUGUUGCCAUUGAUGCUGGAGGUUCCGAUUUCCAGUUCUAUUCAAGUGGUGUCUUUACAGGAUCCUGUGGAACGAGCCUUGACCAUGGGGUUACCGCUGUUGGUUAUGGCGUUAGUGAUGAUGGGACUAAGUAUUGGUUGGUUAAAAACUCAUGGGGGACAGAAUGGGGUGAAGAGGGGUACAUAAGGAUGCAAAGAGAUGUUGAAGCAAAAGAAGGUCUAUGUGGCAUUGCUAUGGAAGCCUCUUACCCCACUGCUUAG